AUGGGAGUCAACGGAUUAUUGCGGUUCCUCAAAAAGUGCAGCAGACAUGUUAAUAUUAGUGACUUUAAAGGCUACACAGUUGCCGUAGAUGCAUAUUGUUGGAUUCAUAGGGCGUCAUUUUCCUGUGCCAUGGACCUUGCUUUGGGGAAUCCAACUGAUCAGUACAUAAAAUAUUGUUUGAAGCUUCUAAACGUUAUUCUCGCAGCUGGUGUGAGGCCCAUUUUGGUUUUUGAUGGUGCGGACCUCCCCGCAAAAUCUGAAACAAAUGCAAAGCGGCACAGCUCUAAGAGGACAUAUAGGGAAAAGGCUGCCCAAUUUCUUCUUGAGGGCAACCGGAAAGCGGCUCAAGAAUGUUUUGAGAAGUGCAUAGAAGUUACUCCAGAAAUGGCUCGUGCCGUAAUCAAAGCCGUUAGGGAUCAAGGUGUUGAUUGCAUAGUUUCACCAUACGAGUCGGAUGCUCAACUAGCAUAUCUAGUGCAAGCGGGCUACGCUGACCUCGUCGUUACUGAGGACUCUGACCUUCUUAUGUUUGGCUGUAAACAGAUUAUCUUUAAGCUGGACUUAACCGGGUCCGGAGUUUUGGUAACUUGGAGCGCGGGCAUUGGUGAGCAGUGCUGUGGCAUACCAUCGAAGGACUUCUCCCACGCAAGUCUUCGCUGUAUGGGAGUUCUUUCAGGGUGUGAUUACUUUCCGGGUAUUCCUCGGAUUGGUUUAGCCACGGCUGCCAAGGUGAGUCUACUUCACAUUAGCAGUUCGGGUGGCGCCGUCGGAGGAAGGAUUAAAUGUUCAAGUAAACUUCAUGAAGAGACGAUUCGUGCGGCACUUCGAGCUGAGCGAACUUUUCGAUUGCAAGUUGUUUUUGAUCCCAAAUCGCGACGUCGUCUUCGGCUUACCGAGCCGACUAUAGACGACAUAAAGGAGGAGCGUAUAGCACUCCUAGACGCCGACCUUCCUGACGAUCAAUUAUUCUCUUAUGCCGGAGAUGAUUCGAUUGAUGCAAGCCUUUCUUGUGCCAUUGCGUUGGCGAAUGUUGAUUUCUACACUGGUGAACAGGUCGAUACCUUCGAUCCCGAGCAUUUUAAGGUGAGGCAUUUAUUUACUGCACCGAAGUUGCCACAAGGUGCAUUUGAAGAAUCCUCGAAUGUGAACCGUAUUCAGGCAUGCAGUCCCAUCAAGUCGAUACUGAAGAAAGUUCAUCGGCCCGAUGGGGAGCGUCUGAACAAAAGCAUAUGGAACAAAGAUUACAAGUUAGAACCCGUGUGGCUUCACUACACCUCCGGAGCAGGAAGCCAACCUCGUCCCUUUUGCAUCUCUUUGGAAGAUAGCAAAACGGACCAGUUAGAGAACGGAUUUUGCCAGAACCACGAAACAGGAAUGGUAAAGCCAGUGGAUCCCCUUCCUGCGGCUGCCCCUUCGAAGGCACAGCUUCGGCUUGUUGCGGGGGAAGUUGUGCAUCGCAAUCACCGAGUCUUUGCGCCUUCGGUCCUCACUGGUGAACCAGCAGUUCUCCGAAGAGAUUUAACAAGGAAUGGAAAGUGUGAAGAAUCUUCGGCCGAAGAAGAUGUCAGGAUUAAAGGUUACAUUGCAUUCAAAGUUGUUCGUUUGCUCUAG